GGGCUGUGAGCCGCUCUGGAGCCUUUCGGGUGAAGAGCAAAAUACCGAUCCUUGGCGGAAGCCCCCUUUCUCCAUCCUUUCAUUGGGAGAACUGCCCAUUUAUUCCUGCUCUCUGCUUCCUGUUUCAUAGCCAAUUACUGUUCAACAAGAGGACCUCUCAGCUUAUUCCAGGACCUCCUAAACUUACUCAGGAGUCUUUGGUGAAGUACUUUGACAAAAGCUUUUUGAAAGUUUGAGUACACAGUGUCAGCUGGAUCACCUCUAUCUGUAUGCUUGUUGACACUCUCGAAUAACUCUAAUAGAUCAUAAGGGCUCAUUGGUGGAUGAGAAGCUGCUGGCACAAUGGGACAUGAACUAACAGCACAGGAGAAGUAUCACUUGAUCACCCGAAAUUUGCAGGAAGUUCUUGGAGAGGAUAAACUGAAGGCCAUCUUGAAAGAGCGUGAGGUGAAGAUAUACUGGGGGACAGCCACAACGGGCAAGCCUCAUAUAGCCUAUUUUGUGCCCAUGUCCAAAAUAGCGGACUUUCUCAAGGCUGGCUGUGAGGUGACAAUCCUAUUUGCUGACCUCCAUGCAUAUCUGGACAACAUGAAGGCACCCUGGGAACUCCUGGAGCUGCGCACCCAAUAUUAUGAGAAUGUGAUCAAGGCAAUGCUGGAGAGUAUUGGUGUGCCUCUGGAAAAGCUGAGGUUCAUCCGGGGAACUGACUAUCAGCUCAGCAAGGAAUACACACUGGAUGUUUACCGUCUGUCCUCUGUCGUCACCCAACAUGAUGCCAAGAAAGCUGGUGCAGAAGUGGUGAAGCAGGUGGAGCACCCAUUGCUCAGUGGCCUCCUCUAUCCAGGACUGCAGGCGCUGGAUGAAGAGUACCUCAAAGUUGACGCACAGUUUGGAGGAGUGGAUCAGAGGAAGAUUUUCACUUUUGCAGAGAAGUACCUUCCCUCCUUGGGCUACACCAAGCGCAUCCAUCUGAUGAACCCAAUGGUGCCCGGACUGACAGGCAGCAAGAUGAGCUCUUCAGAAGAGGAGUCCAAGAUUGAUCUUUUGGAUCGUAAGGAGGAUGUGAAAAAGAAGCUCAAGAAGGCUUUUUGCGAGCCGGGGAACGUGGAGAACAACGGGGUCUUGUCCUUCAUCAAGCACGUGCUGUUCCCACUCAGAUCAGAGUUUGUGAUCUUUAGAGAUGAGAAGUGGGGAGGAAAUAAAACCUACACAAGCUGUGGAGACCUAGAGAAGGACUUUGCUGACCAGGUUGUCCAUCCUGGGGACUUGAAGAACUCUGUGGAGGUGGCCUUGAACAAGCUUCUUGGGCCCAUCAGAGAGAGGUUCAGCAGCCCACAAAUGAAGAAACUUGCCAGCUCUGCAUAUCCCGAUCCAUCCAAAACAAAGCCUGCUGCAAAAGGACCUGCAAAGAACGUGGACUCGGAGGAAGUGGUGCCAUCUCGGGUGGACCUUCGCAUUGGCAAAGUGCUUAGUGUGGAGAAGCAUCCGGACGCGGACACCCUGUAUGUGGAGAAGAUUGAUUUGGGGGAGCCUGAGCCACGUACGGUGGUCAGUGGCCUGGUGGAGUUUGUGCCUAAAGAGGAGCUACAGGACAGGCUGGUGGUCUUGGUGUGCAACCUGAAGCCUCAGAAGAUGCGGGGGGUGGAGUCCCAGGCCAUGCUGCUCUGCGCUUGCAGUGCCGGGGAACCCUGCCAAAUUGAGCCCCUGGACCCACCGGCUGGCUCCUGCCCUGGUGAACGCGUGUUUGUAGAAGGCUACGAGAGUGGCCAACCCGACGAUGAGCUGAAACCCAAGAAGAAGGUCUUUGAGAAGCUGCAGGCUGACUUCCAGAUUUCUGAGGAUUCUGUGGCCCAGUGGAAGGGGAAGAACUUCAUGACCAAACUGGGCAACCUCACCUGCAAAACUCUGAAAGGCGGUGGCAUCCGCUAAGGCCUUCCCCAUCAUCUUCUCCAUGCCAGUUGCUGCCCGACAAGCAUCCUCCCCACGUUGCACUCCCAGCCCAGCGGGACCUGACCCAUGAACAGACAGACUUGGCUUCCGGCCUUUGGCAUGGACAAAAGCACCUAGAAGCAGGUGCCCAGCACGCGGAGGCAAGUCUCCCUGAAGAUGUGUCAAUAUACAGCAGGGGGGAAAGAGCGAGUUGCCUCUGGCGGCCACGGAAACCUUUUUUCUUCAAACGUCUAGGAGAAAGAGGACAUGCUGCUGAAACAGAACUGCCCUCUUAGGGGUUGGGCCGCCUGCCCUCCAGGUUGUUUGCUGUCUUGCAUGCAGCUUAAAACAGACGUUCUCUUCCUUUUUAACGUUUGCUGCUUGUCAAGCUCGGAUUCAGGCUGGCAAACUUUGUAGGAGAGGACCUCUAUCAGAUUAGCAAUGGGCAGGUUCAUCUUGUCAUAAACACUGAAUUCCAAAUCAUCGGUCAUAUCCCCAAAUAAAAUUAUUUACACAAUGA